CAAAUAUUUGAUACAAAUUAAAGAAAUUAGAUUUGAUGAGACGUAAUCACCUUACCUGUGUACAUGAAUUAGUUUCAACUCUAAUAUUUGCAGUCAAUUGAACAGAUUUUCAAGUCAUCAAGGAAUACUAUUAAAGUCAUGUCCUUUAAUACAAAAAUGAUUCUUAUAAGUGGAGGAAGGUUAUCAUUUAAGAUGAAAUGCCAAAAGGAAUUAUGUGAAGCAGAUAUUCCAACUGAAGCCACAUUUUGUACAGGGUGUGGUACUGAAGUGCAGAUGAUAGUUCCUGUUAUUAAGACUACACGUUGUCCGUCUUGUAACAACAUUGUACUGGAAGGAUUUAAAUACUGUUGCAGCUGCGGAGGGAUUAUUGACUCUGCUCUUUUUGUAGACAUAGUUUGCUCUGGUACUAAUGAUAAUGGAGAAAAGUGCAACACAGUGUUGACGGCUGGUACCAGUUUUUGUCCUUCUUGUGGAACAUCUCAUAAAUCUAAUACCAGCAACAAUUUCGCAGGAGAUGCAUCAUUAAAGUUAAGUUUGCAAAUUACUCAUCAGAAGGAGUGUCCCUUUGAUAAAACUAAACCGCUGAUUAAGGAAGAAUGUGACAAUUCAGAACCAAACAGACAAAAUUUCUGGAAAGCUCUUACUAUCAAACAAGAGCCUAAUGAUGAUAACACUGAAUCAGUAAAAGAUAAUGUUGAAGAUCAAGGUCAGAAACGGAAUAAAGAGAGGACAUCUUAUAUGAAUGAACAAGAAGAUACAGUUAUUGUUAUAUGUGAUUCUGAAUCUGCCGAAGAUGGAGAACACCAUAAUAAUGAAAGGACUGAACAACCAUCUAAACGAAAAAUUGAAGAGAAAGGUGGACAGAUCAAAAAGAUAAAGCUGGAAAAAGAAAAGAAUUAUGACAAUGCAAAGGUCUUCGGUUCAUCUACAAAUGGGAUUGAAGGAAAAAAAUAUGGUAAUCAAGAAUCUGUAGACCCACAAUUAGAAAACACUUAUAUGCAUCUCACAGCUUUAACAGAUAGUACAAAGAAAGAACAGGAGGCACCAAAAGAGACUGCUAUAACAGAUAGUACAAUGAAAGAACAGGAAGCACCAAAAGAGACUGCACAGAAAGAUACAGAUGCAGAGAAAAGUGAAUUAUCACACAGUAAAGUCCGACAGAAACCCGGUAUGGGUGGUAAAGGUGGAUGUAACAAAUGGGAAAAAGAAGGUCAUUGGUUAAAAGAUUACCCUAAGGGUCCGAUUUAUAACGACAGAUCAACAGCACCAAUGAGAGACAUGUAUCCCUGUGAUCCUUAUCCUAGAGACCCCUAUGAUGCGUACUACAGAGACAGAUACCUGCCACCACCACCGAUGAACAGAUUUGAUAGAUACAGACCAUAUCCGGAUCCCUAUGACAGACGACCUCUGCUACCUCCAAGAGAUCCAUUUUCUUACGCAAGACCCCCUCCAGACUAUUAUGGAGCAUUAGGAGGAACAAGGAAUCCAUAUUAUGACCAUUACCAUGAUUACUAUGAAAGAAGAACUAAUUACAUGUAUCCUUUACCACCACCACCACCACCACCACCACUGGGAAUCACUCGAAUGUCUCCACGUAGAAGUCGCAUUCCAGCACCAUAUUGAAUGUCGUAGCGGGAGAGAAUACGCGGAUGAAUGUGAUUUAGGAGAAAGACUUGACAGCGGAUUAUCGUGUUUAAUGAAGAUGGAAAAUAGAUACAAGUCGCAGUUAUUGUAAUAUAUCGCCUUUCAUGACAUUAAAUUAAAUGUAAUUAUCGUGUUAUUAGAAAUUGUGCACAUCUUUCAAGUGAAGUGUACA